AUGUUUAACUAUAUAAUUUCAGCUUUUAGGAAUUUGAGAAUGAGGUCUUAAAUAAUCCUAUUUGAAAUUUUCAUUCUGUUAUUUGUUUUGGUAUUAGCUGGAGCAGCUAUAUAUGUGGAAAUAAGAAUAUUUUAUUACAUUUCAACACGUUCCUCUGAAACGAUGAUUAAUCAUUUAGACAUAAAAUAAAUUAAUCAGGCAACAUAAUUGGUCUCGCAUUAUAUUAAAUAAAAACAUUUAAGAAGUAAAUGAGUUUCUAAUUUAAUCUUAGGGAUUUAAGUUAUAGAACAUCUAUCUUCCUUUUUAAUUUCUUACCAAUAAAUACAACAUAACUUUACAAAAAUCAAACCCUUAGAAUCUUGUUUAAAUUCAGAUUUAGAAGUAAUAAGUCAUUAUUUUUAUUAAACCCCUAAAUUUUGUUAUUAACUAAAUGGAGUCUCAGAUUAAGUAACAAUGCCAUUAAAUGAUUAAAAUAUUUCCCUUUUAUAUAAUAGCAUAAGUCUCUUAGAUGAAUACAAUCUCUUAUUUAGUAUUGAAUCUCCUUACUUUAUUUAAGUAGUGGACACUUCAGAAAUUAAAUUUGAUGUCACUUAUCCAAUUGGAAUGCUGAUCCAAGGAUAUGAUCCAAGAACAAGACCAUGGUAUUCAUAUAUAUAAAAACAUAGGUAUUUAAAUCACAUUAAAUAAAUGAAAGCUCAUCCAAAUGAAAUGUAUUUUUAUUCUGAAGUUUAUAAACUUUUCAUUGAACAAUAUGACUAUUAGUUUUCAAUAACACAUUCAUUAUUUAAUUCUGAAAAAUAAUUCUUUGGAAUGGCUAAGACUUUACUCACAAUUAAUGAUCCUAGUUUUGAAUAUGUUUUGUACAAUAUCAUGCUAAUAAAUUAUGCUGGAUAAGUUUUGUAUAAUGGAAUGGAAAUGUGGUAAAAUUUAACUGAUAUUUUUUACAUUUAUAAUGAAACUAUAACAGGUUUUAAUUCAACAGACUGGUACCAAAUAGAAAAACAUGCUGUUCAUCGAUUAAAUAAAAAUGAUCAAGCUACUUAAAUCUUGAUUUUGUUUAAUAAAUAUCAUUAAUAAUAUGUACAUGUUCAAAGUGAAAAAUUCAAAAAAGAGAAUUUUACUCUUAUAAUGUAAAGUUAAUUGAUAUUCUAGAUUUACAAAUGUUAGUUCAAUUAAUAUAAUGGAAAAAUAAUUUUUUGAUAUAGAAUAAUCAUUCAUCUUUUGGAAUUUCUUAGCUGCUGCAAUAGUUAUUUCAAUUAGUUCAUUAACAUUUACAAUCAGCCUAAUUAUCAUUAAUUCAAUAUGUAAACCACUAACUAAGUUAACAAAUCAAGUAUCCUUACAUGUUUUGCAAUUAGGAAAUAAUAUUAAUUAACAAUUGUUUAAAAUGUUUAACAAAAAUAUAAAUUCAUUGAACUUAUUGAAAAAUUUAAAUAACAAAUUCUUGAAUUUUUAGAAGCUAUUACUUCAAAGUCAAACUAAAAAAUGUUAAAAUUGUCGGCUUCUAGAAAAAAUGACUUUCAAUAAAAAAGAAAGUAAUAUCAAUACAAAAAUAAUUCGUAAAUAAAAUAUUCAAAUACCUGAAUUUAUAUAUGUUGAAUAGAUUAAGGUAUUAGAUAUAAUCAAAUAAAGCCUUUUUAAGGUUAAUUAAUGA